AUGAUAUAUUUAUCAUCAUUAAAUGAUAACACUCAAAUCGGAUCAUCAUCAUCACCAAUACCAACCAUUGUUCCAUCAACUUCAACCGCUUCAUGUCAAAUUGCAACAGCAGGUUGUUGUGUAUCCUGCAUGAUUCCCAUUACGGAUCAACAUUUCCUUUUAAUGAACGAACAAAGUUGGCACUAUGAAUGCCUACGUUGUUGCUUAUGUCAUUGCUUAUUACAUAGCUCAUCUACUUGUUACUACAAAGAUGGAAUGGUAUUCUGUCGUGAUGAUUAUCUCACUAAAUAUGGUAAAAGUUGUGAACGAUGUGCUGUCAUGUUAUGUGACGAUGAUAUUAUUAUGCGAGCUAAUGAAGCAAUUUUUCAUUUGGAAUGUUUCACAUGUUGCGUCUGUUCUGGACCACUUCGACCCGGUGAAUUAUUUAUGAUGGGAUGUAAGGGGACAUUGUAUUGUCACGUGCAUUUUGGUGCAAUCAAUUCUACUGAUGACAGUUCUUUGCGAAUUACCGAUUCACCAGAGAUUUCAUUGGUACGAGGAAAAGAGCGCUGUAGGAAGUGGAAAAAAUCAAAUGAUGAAAUCGAGAGUACUGCAAAUAGUAUUGAUUGUGUUGAAGAAGAAGCGCUAGGUAUAACGCAUAAAUCAAAACGGAUGCGUACCAGUUUCAAGCAUCACCAGCUUAGGACAAUGAAAAGUUAUUUCAAUUUGAAUCAUAAUCCAGAUGCUAAAGACUUGAAACAAUUGGCACAAAGAACUGGUCUUACUAAGAGAGUUUUACAGGUCUGGUUUCAAAAUGCUCGAGCAAAAUUUCGUCGUAAUAGUAUACAAUGUUGUGAAGCUUCUAGUAACUCACCUCAUGUAUCACUCAUUCCGAGUACUUCGUUUCACGAACCGAUAACAUGCGGCUCAGCAGGUGAUUCUAUGGAAGAAUCUUUGAGAACAUCAAUAAGUCCGGAAGAAGGCAGUCAACGAGAUGAACGAUCCGGCAGUUCUAACGAUGACAACGACUUAAAUAACGGUAAGACCGAAACUGAAACAAGUGGCCGCAUCAGUUCACCUGAGAAACCAUUGGCCGAAUAUUUUGAAACGGACCCAACAUUGCUCUAA